AAGAAUAUCCCACGCUUGAUGAAGGCUAGAAUCCAAUCCUUUCACCACGUGACAUCCUAUAUGCCGGACACUCGUGAGGACCAAGAGGGAAACCAAGUCCAUGGAACUAUGACACUUUGGCACACAGCUGGGCUCACCUUUCUCUCCGUCCUGCUCACCUAUGGAAACAUGUGGCUGCUGUAAAGCACCAAAUGGCUGUUAUACCUUACCAGGUGUGUUUGGAGAUUAACCUGAGCUCGCGCACCUUCUUCACCUCGCACCCAUGAACUUUUCGGUCCCCCGCGCGCCUCUGCAUUCUUCUCAGGGACAAUGAGGACGACUCGCAAAUGCAGGAGCCUUCUGUCGGUCACUUUGAACCUCAUGGCUCUGUUGUUCGCGAUAACCGCGUUUAUUACGACGUACUGGUGCGUGGGGACCCAGAGAGUCCCCAAGCCAAAGUGCAGCAAGUUGCGGACGCACCAGUGUAUAGACUACGGGGUGAACGAGACGGACCCGAACAAAGUAGUGUACAGCUGGGAGACCGGGGACGACAGGUACCUCUUCAGACAGUUUCACGCCGGGAUCUGGUUCUCCUGUGAGGAAAACAUCCACGAUGAAAGUGAGAUGUGCCGGAGCUUCAUUGACUUGGCGCCUGCAUCUGAGAAAGGCAUGCUGUGGCUGUCGCUGGUUUCUGAGAUGCUCUACAUUAUUCUGCUGGUGGUGGGCUUCAGCCUCAUGUGUUUGGAUAUGGUCCACUCCAGCAACGUCAUUGAUGGACUCAAGCUCAAUGCCUUCGCUGCUGUCUUCACUGUGCUCUCAGGUCUCCUUGGUAUGGUGGCUCAUGUGAUGUACACACAGGUCUUCACCGUCACUGUCAGCCUGGGCCCACCUGACUGGAGGCCCUACAACUGGGAUUAUGGCUGGUCCUUCUGCGUGGCCUGGGCAUCCUUCACGUGCUGCAUGGGUGCUUCGGUCACCACCCUCAACUCCUAUACAAAGACUGUCAUUGAAUUCAGGCACAAACGAAAGACCUUUGAGCAAACUAUACGAGAAGAGCAGGCACGGGAGGCUUUCGGGUAUUACAGGGAACGCUCUGUGCACUCCAUCUCCAAGUCUGUGGAGAUUUUUACCACCCAGACCCCAAAAAGUGGCAGAAAAGCUCCCAUACCUGUGGAUUCUCUGGACCUGAGUGACUGUGCAAGAUCUCUGGGGGAAGAGCAGUGCUGAUGGAAUGGACAAGGAAUUUUCUCAGAGUUUCAGCUUCCUGGAUGAAGCUGUGUUUGGUCAGUGUUGGGUACAGGAUGAACUCCUGAUGGGAUUUCAUGCUGUAUAAUGAACACCAUCUGGUACAUUUAAACACUGCCUUAAUUGUGGGUAAGUUGUUGGCAUGGGUUGUUGCCAGGCUUAAGUCACACAGGAGCUUUAAAGCAGCUGAUUAUAUGAAAAAGUGGACAUGAACCGGACUCAUAGAUGAAGGUUUUCUCUGUUUGCGUAAGCUAAUACCAUGUAGACUUGAAAAACCUGCUUUGUAGACCUGGUUAAAAAAUAACGAGGGCCCUAGAUGCUAACAGCCUUACUGUACAUGCUUUAGACAAUCACUUCAUCAAUGCAAUGACAAGGGACAGUUGAAGGGUUUCAUUCAUUCUGAAAUAACACCACAAAUACUUACAUGAAAAUGAUGUGCCUACACAUAGGGAGUGUAAAUAACGCAACAAGGUCUAUUAUUUUCUUGUUACUGUCACACACAAACACAGAUGUACACACACUUCAUUAAACUGUUGAGAGCUGUAACAGGAAAAGCUUUGGCUAAAUUAAAACACAGCAAAGAAGUUUACACAAAUCCUUUAAAGAUAAGAUAGGACUGAUAAAAACCUCAAACAGUUUCAGUAAACUAUGUAAUUUAAAAUGUUUAUGCUUUGAAUGGAGGGAAAUAAAUUCUCUAUACUUUGAA